GGUGGAGGAGGUGGCGGCGGGGGAGGUGGUGGUGGUGAAGGAAAAGAGGACUGUACAACGACCGCGAGGAGAUAGAUUGGAGUAAUAGUAGUAGAAGGAGUAGGAGUAUAGGAGGGGAGGUUGUGGAGGAGGGCCACUGCCAAGAAAACAGUAGUGCGUUCCUUGGCAAGAUGGCAGACGGUCCGUCCGCGGAAGAGGCGUCUGCUGUUGAUGUUCGGAUUCUAUCGAGGGAACGACAGAAACGACAGGACGCUUCUUCGACGUCGCUUCUAACUAACGUUAUUACGGCUUCGUCGUCGCCGUCGUCGUCGUCGUCGUCGUCGUCGUUGUUGUUGUCGUCGUCAUCAUUGAGCACGGGCCAGGACGUUGUUGUUAGACGGUUUGUUCAUAAACGGGAUAAUACCGGUGAAUUUUACGACGAUUACGAUUAUGUUUACGAUUACGAGGACGACGAUGACGACGAUGACGACGAGGACGAGGACGAUUACGAGGAAGUUGACACCCGACGUCGUUACCAUCAUGAUCGUCAUAAUCAUCACCAUUAUCGCUAUCAACAACAACAACAACAACAACAACACCAACAACAACAACAACAACAACAACAUCAACAGCAACAGGAAAGGAUUCCUAAUGAAGGUGCUGCUGGUGGUAUUGGUAAUCAUUUUAAUAGUGGUACUGGUGAUGGCAGUGGUGCUGGUCGUGGUGGUGCUGGUAGUGCUGGUUGUGGUGGUGGUAGUGGUGUUGGUGGUGGUGGUGGUGGUGGUGUCGUUGUCGUUGUCGGUGGUGAUUGUGCGCCCACGAUACGAGGAAAGGAACAUAACAAGGUGUUGUUAUACGAUGAGGAAGAUGAUUACGAGGAAGAAGAUGAGGAUGAUGAGGACGAUGAUGACGAAGGUGAGGAUGGCGAUGAGGAAGACGAAGAAGAGGAAGAGGAAGAGGAGGAAGAAGAGCCGCCAAUGGAAAAUCGAAGAGUUCGGAUAGGCUUGAUGAAAAAGUCGACCGAGGGCAUUGUUACGAGUAUCGGUAGUGUUGGUAAUAAUAGAAAUAUUAAUACUAGUGGUGUAGUUGGACAUGGAGUUAACGGUGGUAGUGCUGGUGCUUUGUUGGUAACAAAGAUGCUCGGUAAUACACGCACGCGGGUACUCGAUGUUGUAGACGUUCUCGUAGAUCCGUCGGAAUCGGUUGGUACGAAGCUAACGUCGAAUUUAUCAAAUGUUAACGAAAGAAAAGAUCGAGUAAGAUCCGAGAUAGAGGAAGACCAUGACAAUAAAAAGAAGGAAGCGCAAUUACAAGAACAACAACAACAACAACAACAACAGCAGCAGCAACAGCAGCAGCAAUCACAGCAACAACACCAGCAGCAAUCACAGCAACCACAGCAGCAACAACAGCAACCACAGCAACAGCAGCAACAGCAGGAAGACAAAAAGAAAAAGAAGAAGAACGAAGAGAAAGAUAGAAGAGGAGACGAUACCACGAACGAUCCUCCUCCCCUUAACACCGUAACCGUCACCAUUACCCCUGCCUCCCCUUCUUCUUCAACAACCAUCACAACGAGCGGCAUCGCGAACGGCGUCGUUGCUACCGGCAGCAGCGGCAGCGGCAGCAGCAGCAGCAGCAGCAACAGCAGCAGCACCGGAAGUGGCAGCUCCGUUGCCGGCGGCGCGAGCAACGUCAAGAGUAGUAGUUGCGCCGGCUCCUUGUCCAACGGCAGCCCCUUCAAGGGACAGGUCAGGAUGGCCGAGGAGACUCUCGUUGGGCCUUGCGGCAAGAAGCGUUGCGCCGAUCGAUACGACAGCUCCGAGAGUUCCGACAGCGGAGUUGCGGUUUCGUGCGGGGAGUGUAGCAGUAGCGGUACAAGUGACAUCACCGAGCCAGGCUCACCGUGUAGUACAAGUAGCGACGAGGGUGUAGCAAUAAGAGGAGCAUCGGCAAGCCCAUUACCAAGUUUGCCCAAGCUGGCGCCGUCCUCGCAAUUGGGUACCAGGCCCCAGUGGCCCUGGACCCCGCCAUUGGCGGCAACCGCUUGUUCAACUUACAAGAGACUGAAAGGUGAGCCAGAAGCAGGAACAUUGCCGAGGUCCGGAGCAGCUGAUCCAACUUCACGUGGAUCGUCAAAGGCGAACAGUAACAAGCCAGUUGGUGUUAUACACCAUAACGAAUCAUCCUCCCAAGGGAAAAUAACGGAAUACUUUAAGACACAGAUUAAACCGCAACAACCGAAACUUAAGAAGACGUCGGAAACAAUGUCGGUACUGGUUGCUAAAACAACCACAGAAUUUCGAAGGCCACCUACCGUGCAAAGGAACAAAGGUGGCUUGGCCAAAUACCUCGGUACCGUUCCAUCAAAUCCUCGUACGACAACAGCUACAAACGAUUGGGAGGUUCGAACAGUCAACAUGUCGCCGCCACCGCCUAACAAAAAGACACCUAUUGUCAUCGUACCUAGGGCCAAUGUUAAAAUGGAGAAAAAAUUAACGAAACCCCUGCCAAGUUUGCCUAUAUCGAACGACGUUCUUAAAAAUAUACCACCCUGCAAGAUAUCCUCGCUCAGGCUUACCUCAGAGGCAAGUCCUAACCCAAUGAAAACGUGUUCACCGCCGUCAACCCCAACGGCAAAUCCCCCUUCAACAAACGAUUUUAAGGGUUGCAUCCUUUCAUCUAAAGCGCACGUCAACGAGAACAAUAAUUUAACGAACGGUUGUAACAAUUUGAUCGGUACGAUACGUUCACAGAAUAAUCAGGAUCCAUUGUCGAGGUUAUCGCCAAUAGAAAGUGAUAAGUGUCAGACGAAAAUAUCGUCAUCAUCUGUAGGAGAUGAGGAGGACGUUGAAGAAGAGGAAGAGGAUUCCUCAUCUAGGAGUAGCGAAUCGAAAACGCAUCAUUCACUUUCUCCAAUAUUAUCAGCUCCGACAACGAUACGUUUCCCAGCCAGGGCACCGGAAAAGGAUAGGUCACAGCCAACCGACAGUGGGAUUUGUCGAUGGGACAAGUGCGAAGCUAGUUUCGAAUCUAGCACAGGUCUUCUUGAACAUUUACAGGUCGCUCAUAUCAAUACCCAAACCGGUGGGGACAAUUUCGUCUGCCAUUGGUUAGGUUGUAAGGUACAAGGAAGAACGUCCUGUUCGAGAAGAUGGCUGGAAAGACAUGUCCUUUCACAUGGUGGAAACAAACCGUUUCGUUGUAUCGUCGAUGGAUGCGGCAGUAGAUUUAGUUCACAGACGACAUUGGAGAGGCACGUUAACGGUCAUUUCAAUCAACCUGAAACGAAUAGUAGCAGCGGUAGAAGGAGUUGCGAGAAUGGCGGAAAGCUCGUCAGGAGAAACGGAAAAAGAUUGAGAUACAGAAGACAGCCAUGGUCUGCACGACUUUUUGAUUAUUUCGAUUCUGGAGUCAUGGAAGGUCUUCAACAUAGAUUAUUGGAGCUGGCUAAGUCAAGAACGCAAGGUCGGUUAGCCGAGACGCCUGGUGACUCGAUGGCCCUAACUAGUCAAGUAUUAGCAAGAAGAGUAGAGACGGACGGAAAAAUCAAAGUCCUGCUACGAUGGUAUCCUCAGGACAUAGAACCGGACGAAUGGGUAUUAGAAUCCGAAGUACAAAGCACAAAACACGUAGGGAUACGUAAAUUAGCUGGGAAAAAUCCUGAAGAAGUUAGCCUAGCAUUAUAUCCGGCGAUGUGCGGUGGUAUACCAUCUAUGACAAGAGUUAAACAACGUCGAAAACCAGUUAAGUAUUCGUGAUAAUGUCUCGCCAGGAGGAUUAUUCGAGGCCAAUAAAAACGACUGAGAGAGAGAGAGAGAGAGGGGGAGGGAGGGAGAGAGAUAAAGAAAAAAAAGGAGAAGGAGAGAAAAGGAUAUGACGAAUAAACACAUGGACGAUAAUAUAGGUCCAGAUAAAUGUGUAAUGAUGGUAUAAUGAAAAGGAGCCUGGAUAGUAAUUAAAUAUUAUUGGACAACCUGGAUAAAUGAUGUGAGACGUAGGAAACGACCGAUGUUAGACGAACGAAUGUGAAGAUUCGAAUCAGAUGACCAAAGCUGUACUGAUUUUACAGUACAAGAAACACGGAGAGCAAUAGAGUAACGAUUUAACCUAACGAACGAGAAGAUGAAGAUGAAGAAGAAGAUGAAGAAGAUGAAGAAGAUGGAGAAGAAGAGGAGGAAGAAGAAGAAGAAGAUAGAAGAGGACGAAGAAGAGGAAGAUAAUACAUUCUAAUAUAUUUAGCCUAAAUAAGAAGGAAUCCUUUCUUAGAUCUCAUGUAUGAUGAAUCCAUGAAUCAUCGUUGAUGAAUACAAGGAUGUAAGCUUCGUUUUACCUGUUUGAGGAAGAUAGAUAGAGAGAGAGAGAGAGAGAGAGAGAGAUAGUGAGAGUCUCUUUAUCUUUUUUUAAGAGACUCACACGUACGUACAUAUACACAUGCACGCACGUACAUAUACAUAAACACGAACACACAUGCAUGCAUACGUAUACACAUAUACAUAACAUAGAGACAGAAAGAGAGAGAAAGAGAAAGAGAAAGAGAGAGAGAGAGAGAGUAAGAGAGACAAACAUAUUAAAGGAUAGACAAAAGCGGCUUCGGAAGAGCUGGGCUUGGGCCUCAUAAGUGCCUCACCGUGGAUACGUUUUGUACUACACCGUCGUUCGAACAAAAAAAAAAAAACCAAAAAAAAAUGGGAUGAUGAAAAGAAUGAUGAUCGAUCGAUGAAAUGUUUAAUAUCAGAUCAAAUAAGAAUUGUUGAAGUGUAUGGAGUGAUAUAGUUCGUCAGAGAGAGAGAGAGAGAGAGAGUGAGAGAGUGAGAGGGAAAGAGAAAGGGAAUGAGAAAGAGGGAAAAAGAGUAUUAUUACGACGAUGAUAUUAGUUAACAAGAGAACGAGAGAGAAAGAGAGAGACAGAGAGAAGAAAAUAAAAAUGGAAGAAAAUAUAAGGAGAUAAUCACUCUGGUGGCCUUAGGAAUCAAUUAAUAUCUAACACCCGGCCCCUUAGCACUUCCGGGCACUGUUACUACUACUACUACUACUACUACUACUACUACUACUACUACUACUACUACUACUACUACUACUAACUACUACUACUAUUACUACUACUAUUACUACUACUACUUGCUACCUAAACUGCUAUCACAGCUAUAGUACUACCACACGACAACAUUUAUAUAUAUAUAUAUAUUUAUAUAUAUAUAUAUAUGUAUAUUUGUUUUCUCUUUGUUUUCUUUUUCUUCUCUUUUUCUUUUUCCUCUUUUCUUUUUUCCUUUUUUUCUCUACGUAUACGAAAAACAAAAAAAAAAAAAAGAAAAAAAAAAGAAAGAAAAAUAAAAAAAAAAAGAUUAUAAACCGAUCGUCUCGAUAUCUACGUUUGAUAAAUCAACGACCAAGAUUGUUAACUGUUGAGGAAUAUAGGAAAAAAAAAAAGGGAAAAAGAAAAAGAAAAAAGAAGAAGAAAAACAACAACAAUAACAACAACAACAACAACAACAACAACAACAACAACAACAAAUGAUAUAUAUUGCAUUUGAUCUACCUCGAUCCUUCGACUCGGUAGAAACUGAUAACGGCGGGAGUACACAUAUACGAAGAAA